AAUCAGCGGAACAACGUUACCAACUGAAAUUAUAUAAACGUUUAAUUAGUUGAGGAACGUUGUAUAUGCUGCCAAAAUGGUUGACUCAGAGGACAUUCCGAAAUCAAAGCCUGAGGAGCAGUGCUCUCAAUUAAAUAUAAAGGAGAAAGAAUUGGACAUGUACCGAGACACAUUCGUUCGCUAUAUGGGCUACAGUAAUGAACUUGGCGAGGCUUUUCGGCCUCUAAUCUCCAGGUCAUUAGUAGGCGCAUCAUAUGGUAUUGCUAUUGGUUAUGUCUGCUUGGAUGCUUUCGACAAAAGUUUGCGCCAUCAAAUAUCUGGUGCCAGCAAUCGCGAUGUGGCGCUCAUAGGAGGAGAUGUGUUCACCUGGCAAAUGUUUGCUUCUGUUAUAAUACCAGGCCUUGUCAUUAAUCGUGUUACAGCGACGAGUAGAUCGCUGCUGAAAAAUGCACCCCCAUUAGCGCUAAAAACGUUGCCAACUAUCCUCGGAUUGGUCACAAUACCGUUUAUAGUGCAUCCCAUUGAUAAUUUGGUAGAUCAAGUUAUGGAUGCCACAUUCCGUAAAAUCCUGCGGUAAUCUUAUGUGAACCAUAGGUCCAGCAAUGGCUUUCAAAUAUGCUUCCAGUAAGGGAAAACUCGCUGCGCUCAGUGCUCUUUAGAUUUUUGUAUAUGACUUAGUUCUUAGUAGACGAAAUUUACAAGUAUUUUAGGAACAUUGUAAUCUGUAAAAUCUAAGGCCCGUUUCUUCAAUGUUUGAUCCGACUCCUUCCCGAAUUUAAGUAAUCGUUAUAUUUAAGCUUUUAUCUCAGACCUAGGUAUGAAAAAAAUGCUAAUAGUAAAAUUUCCCAUAUAAAGCAGCGGUUUCAAAACGAUAAAUUGUAUGGGAAACUUUAUUUUGAGACAAGUUUAAGUUAUUGAGGUAUGGAAUAAAUGUCGGGCAUUGAGGAAAUAGCCCUUAAAUACGCAUAAGAAUACUGAUAGAACGGCAAUUGCUCGCUCUUAUGCAAUUCUGGUCUAACCGAACACAUUUUAGUUGUAAACUACAUAAAUUUGGUUAAAGCUUUAAUAUGUACAUACAAU